UGCUACUAUUUGCUGUCACUGGCUGCUGUUGUUCUUGUUGUCGUUAUUGCUAGUUAUCUGUAGUAGACGUAACGGGGUCCAUUCCGUGAGUCUCAUUGCGCGUCCGCAUCCAUCCACACCCCGCCGCGCCCUCACAUACAAACGAACACGUUGCCUCGGAAUCAUGUCGUCGUUGAAUUCCAUACCCGCGUCGUCCAGCGUUUCCGAUUUGUUGUCGUCGCAACGCUUUCGUCCGCCACCGAACAUUGACAACCCCAUGCCACAUCGCUUGCCGGAAGGGGAAAACGCCGCUCCUCUCGAAGUCACCGGCACCACCGCCUCGGACAAGAUGGUCAUUGUCAUGGUCGGACUCCCCGCCACCGGCAAAACCCACAUUGCCAAACGCAUUUGUCGUUUCUUGUCCUUUUUUCACGACAUUCCUUCGCAAAUAUUCAACGUCGGUGACUAUCGUCGCCAGUUGUGCGGCGCGCAAAUGCCGGCCGAUUUCUACGAUCCCUCCAACGAGGCUGGACAGUUGGCGCGCCACCAGGCCUGCGACGCUGCUCUGGCCGACCUCCUCGAGUACAUGAAGCAGGACGGAGUGCGCGUCGCCGCCUUUGACGCCACCAAUUCGACCAAAGCCCGACGAUCCCAUAUACUGCAGGUGCUCAAAGCCAGUGGACUGGGAUGCAAACGCAUGUUUGUCGAAAGUGUCUGUGAUCACGAAGCGCUCUUGGAAGAGAAUAUACGGAAAGUCAAACUCUCCACGCCAGAUUAUCGUGAUAUGGACCCCGAACAGGCCAUGCGAGAUUUCAAAACACGACGAGAAAAUUACAUGCGCGUCUACGAACCCGUCGACGAAACCGACGGACCGCACAUUAAAAUCAUCAACAGCAAACAAUUCAUUGUCACCAACAUUCGCGGUUAUUUGCCGCUCAAGGUUGUGCACUAUGUCAUGAACCUGCACACGCUGCCGCGCACCUUUUACUUGACCCGUCACGGACAAUCCGAAUACAAUUUGUUGGGCAAGAUUGGCGGUGAUUCCGGACUGACACCCGCCGGUUUGGAGUACGCGCGUCGACUGGCGCAAUUUGCCCAAACGCACAUUGGUUCGCAAACCGUCACGAACGAAACCACGGGUGAAUCCGCCACGGUCCCGCGGCCGGCCCGUCUCUGGACGAGUACGCUACGACGUACUUUGGAAACGGCCCAAUUCAUCAACCACGAGGCGCUGCAACACACGUGGGACAACGGCGACAGCGCCGAAUGGCUCCAGUUCCGUCCCAUGGCGCGCCGCAAUUUGGACGAACUGUACGCUGGAACCUGCGAUGGCAUGACGUACAAGGAAAUUGAACAGGUCUAUCCGGAAGAGUUUGCCCGUCGGCAGGACGACAAAUUGUCGUAUCGUUAUCCCCGCGGAGAGUCGUACAUGGACGUGACGCUGCGACUGGAACCGCUUGCGCAAGAAAUGGAACGCACCCGGGAACCCGUCCUGAUUGUCGGUCACCAGGGUAUUUUGCGAAUUUUGUACGCGUACUUUAUGGGACUAGACCGCAACGAAGCGCCGUACGUGUCCAUUCCACUGAACAACGUAAUUGAGUUGACCCCACACGCGUACGGAUGUCACGAAAAACGGUUCUGCCUGAUGCGCAAGGAAGAAAUGUUGAACGAUGGACAAGACGAACCGGUCACGAGCAUGCCGGUGAAGACGAACGGCGGCACGUCUCACCGGGAGCCGGGUGCCAGUACCGUCAGGCCAGCGUAUUACGCCGCCAACGAUCCGGUCAUGAAUGCACCCAGUUGUUAAAAAAAAGAAAACCAAUAUCGGUGGUUGCUACCGGAGCCAGACCAUGGUUAGCAUCCCUUUUAAAAGUAAAUAGAUGUUGAGAAUUGUCUGG